AGCAAUUUCGUAAUGUCGGGUAAAACUUUAUUUCUAUUUAAUUGAUUAGUUAUUGUUCAAAUAUAUACCCUCUUCGCUAAUGAUUAAUCAAGUUUCUUUUAUUUAGAUAUUCCGUAAACAGUUUUAGUGAUUUGUGUGCUUAUAUCCAACCAAAAAAUGAUGGACGUAAAAAAUAUUUCGCUACUAUCUUUCGUAUACUUAGCUCUUAUAUUUUCAACAAGUGCUCAAGAUGUGUGUACAAAGAAAGGACCUUGUUCAUGUGAAUUCAGUAACGGUACCGGUAUAGAUUUGUCGCCGAGCGGAAAGGCGUUUUAUACGACGCAGACGUAUGAAUUAAAGAACAAUGGAACGCAAUACGCUCUGAGCACGUAUUUUUAUCACCCGUGUCAUGAUGAGCUACCCCAGCUAAACUCCACCACCACCGGCACCUGUAACGUGCCUCUAUCGAUAUGCCGACAUGUCAACAAAAUGACCAUACUUUCAAACACUACAUACAAAGGUGAAGAAACUGCAGAAUUUAUGGGAAGUUCAAAUGUGACUGACUUCAGCACCGAUGGAAAGUCAUUGAUAUAUUACAAUGGGCCGUCGUCAACUGUGGUUAUGCUAGUCUGUGCACAAACUCCAGACCAACUAAGUGUAUAUUCAUUGGCUGAACCUAAUAAAAUUGUCUUAUCCUUCUACUCAGAAAAUGCAUGUUUGAAGCAGAUAGAAGAGCAUGGAAGAUCAGUGGGAUCCACACUGUGUAUUAUUUUCUUCUCCUGUGUUGUGUUCUACUUGGUCCUCGGAAUUUGUACCAAGAAAUUCCUGAUGGGAGCUGUAGGAGUGGAGGUUAUACCAAACUUGGUGUUCUGGUCAGAUCUGCCUAAUCUAGUUAAGGAUGGCUGGAGCUUUGCUCUCAACGGUUUCAAGCUGCCCGCCCGAAGUGCCGGGCCUGUGACGUCACCCGACCCCAAUAGCUACGACAGCAUAUAACAUCAGACCGACGACCCCCUUCCGGAAGGUCAGCUAGUGUUGAUUGAAUAGUGUACCGACUAACAGUAUCGGUAAAUUUGUGUAAUCGAUACUUUAUAUUUUUGUAAAACUCAAUGGCUAUGGCACUAAUACCUGUUUUCAACAACUUAAUGUUAAGUGUUAGAAGCAUUAAGUCAGAAGUCUAUGUUUCUUCUAAGAUUUCUUCAGCAUAUUAGUAUAAAGUGCGUAAUGAAUUAGGUGACAACAUAAGAGUGUUGAUAAAACCAUUUCUAUCUCAAGAAAUACAUGACCCUAAAAUACCUUUAGGGAACACUUAGCGUUAGGCUAGUGAAAAAGGGAUUGAGUGUUGAUUGACAUAGAUACAGUAGCUUACGCCAGUGGCAUAGGUUCUGGCGCUGGACGAACAGUAUGUAAGUUGUAACUCAGUUCAGUGUCCAGUGUUUAUUGUCUACUGUGUAAAUGAAUUUCAGCACUAAAUGAUUACUGGCUAGUAUAAGUUCUCGAUUAGUGUAAAAAUUGUACUAGCAGGUAAUUAAAAAGCAAAUAGCGGCGUAAGUUGUAACAAUAUCGAUAUUAUAGAUCUAAACACUUUUAACAACAUUAAAUACUGAAUUUAAUCUCAAGAAUGGCUGUAUAUUAAAAUGGUUGAUUACUAUAUCAAUAAAGCUUACAACAAUGUGUUAUAAUAUUUUCUUGUAAAAUCGAAGUAGUCGUAAGAUGUUCUUCUAUUAUCUAAAUAUAUAUUUUUAAAAGACAUUAGAUUUGAUUUUGAUACAAAUUUUAUAAAGCUAAUUAUUAGGGUGAGGUUUGUAUGUGUCUAUAAUCUCCUUUUAAAUAUAGAAUAAAACUAUUAAGAUGUAACAUAACUAUUUUGUGUACUACUUGAUAUUACUCUAGUUGUAAUAUUUAUUCGAGCUCAAGUAAAACGCGAAUUUUU